AUGGCAUGCACUUGCCUUGCCAUCAAGCGAGAAAAAGAAAAGAUCGACACAAGCAAAAUGCCAAACCCCAGUGUCUCUUCCAUCGUGGGGUCUAUCGUCUCCGCGUUCGACAGCGGGAUGGACGUAUUCAGACGGCUUCAAACGAGAAAACAAGGACCUCGACCCCGCAGAACAUCCAGAAAGAGUACUCGCGAUCAUGACGAUGAAGAUGAACUGCAUCUUCUUAGAUCUCUUCAAGCAGGGUCCUGCGAAAUCAUGACAGAGUAUGACCGGAGCACGAGAAGAUUCGGGCAGAGGUUCGAGAGGGGAGAUGAACUAGCCCAAGCCUCGCUGACACAUACACUACUUGCUCUGAACGCGGGCCUGAUGAGAAUCAUAUCUUCCUGCCUGUGCACUCCACCGAACGGAGGGACAGGGUCCAGCAGAUGCGACAAACUCGCGCGGCAGUCUCUGCUGAGUUUAUCGCAAACCUCUGCCGCAGAGGCGGUUAGCUCACUACAAGCACUUCGGGAGAGGCUUACGCUUUUUGCUUCUAGUGGAGAUCCACGAGCGAGAAUAUCUCAAAAAGCUGUUCAUGGAAGGACUAGAAAAGAUGAAUUGGCCAGGCGACCUAGGAAUCAGCAAGCAACAAGAAGAGUAAAGCAACAAACUAGAAAAGAAACAUCGGUGAUAAGCGCAGCGCGAACUAAGAAUAGUAAUUUCCAUGCGUCGCAACAGCGGCGGAAAACAGAGACGUCGAAAGCAAAGUCGGUGGCUUCUGAACCGGUUCAGGGGGCAUGGGUACGAUCGAAAAACCACUCGUCGAUCUACAUGGCAACGAUAACAUCCACCAAGCACCAUCAGCAGACCGCCAACCUUAAACUAAGAAAUAAGCACGCAUCAGGGAAACAGAUCGAUGGACCAGAUUAUAGCAAAUACGCGAGACUCGACAUGUCCGUUGGAGUCACACUCAGAGCGUCAGAGCAGGAGUGUAGGUGA